UGUGAAGAACGUCGUUGCGAUAGCGUCUACGGGCCAAAAUAAAGCAAAAAAGAAGAAGAAAACCCAAAAGAAAAAAAAAAAGGAAAACAAAAACAACGAGCGACGGCUAAACGUAGAAAUUGUUUUUGGAUAUAUCAUAUGAAAAGAAAUUUUAAAAGUAAUUAUUAUAAGCCAAAGGCAAUCUUGCAUGAGUAGUAAACCAAAAUAAAUUUUGUUUAAAUAUGAUUAUUGGCGAAAAUUCAGUUUGGAAAAUCCGUUUUAUGUGAAGCAUAAGUGUUGGUGUGCAUGUGUGUGUUUGUGUGCUUAAGUGUAUGUUGAGUGCUUGUUUAUAUCGCACUGUGAGUGAGGUCUAUGACAGCGGAAACGAAAACCUUCUCGCAAAUCUUGUGUAACCCAAUUUCUCGUGUAUCGGCGUGCGUGCGUGCGUGCGUGUGUUCGUCUCAUCAGUGCUUGUGCGAAUCCUGGUGACUAUUUGCGAGUUCGUUUGUGGCUUUAUUUGGCCCCGUGUACAAAAUAACAAAAGCUAAAAGUGUAGCCUAAACUCGUGCCAGCCAGCGAGCCUAUUUUGCCAAGAGGUUUGGUGAAUUCGGUCUUCGGUUCGGUUUCACAUACAAACAAAUCCUUAACGCGUAUGCCCCUUGCCGCCUUUACCUCCACGAAGAAAAAGAAAAUCGCUAAUGAUUUAAAUAUGGCUUUGCUUCAUUGAAGCUGGAAUUUUUACGCAAAAUUAAGCAUUUCCGGCUAUUGGAAAACCUUUAAAAUGAAGAAGAAGGGCUAAAAGAAGAAACGGCAAAAAUUUUAAAUCAAGCAAGAAAGUUGUAAAAAUUCCUUAAAAAGACUGCAAAGAUAACAAAGGACCCCACCCCCCCGCCACAAGUUCACUCCAACAAAACAGUGUAGAAAAAGUUGUAGAAAAAAUUCAGUGCUAAUGAAGCGUAAAAUUUCAUGAAGCAACCAAAGGCAAGACCCAUAACGUCAAUCAUUUGGAGAAAAACGUAAAAAGGAAAAAAGAAAUUAACACAAACAAGGCAGCUCUUUCAAAGUUAAUUGUCCACAUCAAAGAAAUCCUUAAAAAAUAUCAAUCUUUUAUUAAAAAUUUUUUGCUAAUUGUUGUGGUAAAGUGAAAAAACAAAAUCGAAUUACAACAAAAAGCUUCCACUGGCCCCCUAGAUAAAUUGUUUAUUAGGCCACAAAUGUUGUUUAAUAAUCAUCACCAUCAAUGAGUUGAUGGUUUUUAUAAAGGCCAUCACAACAAUAAUCCUGGGCUCUUACAAGGUCCUCGCCCGUUAAUGUGCUUUGUUAAGAAAGGCGGCACAUAAUAAAAACUUCCUGGUAUUCAAAAAUAAAAGCAAACAAAUUUAUAGCCUUCUUUUAGGAGGCGGCCAAGGCAUUGAUUAUUCAAAUCGUAUCGGAAAUCCGUUUUCUCUCUCAGUUUUAUGGCCAUGCAGCCAUAGCAAACAGAUUGAUCCUUUUGUAAAGGCAAGCCUGAUGGCAAGCUAGAAAAGGUUAUAAAAAUCCUUAAAGUUAACAAAGUCUAGUGAUUUCAUGAUGAUGGCUCAACGAAUUGUGAGUGUGUGUUGUAUAUAAAAGAAAAUCUAAACCUUUUAUAUGUGCCAAGACUAAAAUUAAAUUACCAAGAAAAAAAAUCAAACCAGGCAACAAAGGAAGCCCCAAAAAAAAAAAAAUAACAACAAAACAUAAACAUGAUGGAGAGAAUUUAAACACUUUGCAUAAGCAGAAAAAAACGGAUAUCAUCAGCCCACUGGUCAUUCUCAACAUAGACCAGAGACAUUCACUUUCAAAAGUUGGCUGUUAACUGAAUGUCAAUAAGGCCAUCUUUAGCAAUAUCAGCAUUGCCAUAAGCAUCACCAACCACCAUACCUGGGCCAAUUAUAACAAAUGGCUUAAACUGGAUGCCCCUACAAAGGCGCGGAGGAAGAGAAAGAAAGAAACAAAAAAUAAGAGAAAAAAAAAACACAACAACAACUUUAACAUCCCCCACCUCAACACGCCAACAAUGCAAGGAUAUUUUCUUUGAUCUAAAGAAAAUUGCAAAUAAAAUAAACGCCUUAAAUUAUGCAAAGGAAUUGUGUACAUGAGCCAGCAGCUACGGUACUUCGCUGCCGGUAUGGUGUAUGAAACUACUCUGGUGAUGGUGGUGCUGCUGCUGCUGCUACCGUUGCUUGUAGCCUUGGGUUUGUGCUCUCGCUCUCUUAGCUAAAUAAACAAACAACCAGCAUUCGUAAAUAACAAUCAGUUGGCUUAAGGCUUAUUUAUAGCAUAAAAACGGCAAAAAGGUAGACAGUGUAAGGCACAUCAGUGCGUACGUGUGUGUGAGAGUGAGUGUGAGAGCCAAGGCAACGGAAACAGUUCAUGUAUUUUGUUUGUAAGCGCCCCUUCAUUUAGCCUUUGAGGCAAUUCAAUUGAAAUUUAAAACGCCAGGUGUAUCGUCGUAGAGAGGACCUUUAGUGAGUGCUUUUGGUCUCCACUUUGCCACUUCGAUGAAAUCAUCUUGCUUAUGCAAAUGUAAACUGGUGGCAACUAUGUAUAGAAGAUUAAUGGGAAAAUGUAAACACCAUUUAAGGGGCCAAUGUUAACAACGUAAAAUACUUGCUACCCCCCACCCCCACCAACAAGCAAGAGCAAUAAAAAUGCCAAAUGCCAAUAGUAAAUAAGGCGAAAACGCUUAAAGUGAAAUAAAUUAGAAUAUUAGCGGUGAAGGUAAAUAGAAAAAUCAACAAAGAAUUCAAACAACAUAUCAGCCAAAACAAAUAGCAAAAAACUGGAGAAAGAGAGAAAACCUUAAAUAAAAAAAUCCUACUAGGACAAUUGUUAAAAAUUGAAAAGUAAAGCAGCAAAUCUUCUACCUUAAAAUAGCACCCGUCCUUGCAGCCUCAGCAAUCAUUUGUUGUCAAUAUGGAGCCUUUAUAUCACUACUUCAGCAUAAGUCUUUUAGUUACCCUAUUGCAUUUCUCUAAAAGUCAUGAACACAGCGAUGGUUUUAAGCCAGAUGGUGAAAUCCUGCGAGUUCUGGUUAAUAGCACUGCUCAAAUUAAAUGUGAUGUUGGCUCAAGUUUACCGGAUGAUAAAGUACUCCUAGUAGUUUGGUACAAAAACAAUCUGCCCAUAUACAGUUAUGAUACAAGAGGCGCUCAUGCGGGGACGCCCUCCCAUUGGCGUGACGAAGAGGUUUUAGAAAGUCGUGCCGUAUUCCAUACACAUCGAGAGCCAGCAGAAUUGGCCUUAGAUCCCGUCAAGGAAAAAGAUGCUGGCAAUUUUCGGUGUAGAGUGGAUUUUAAACUUUCCCAAACUCGAAAUAGCAAUGUCAAUUUGGAGGUAGUCGUACCGCCCAAACAACCACUGAUAUUUAAUGAACGUCGCAUGCGAAUCGAUUCAAGAGCUGGGCCCUAUGAGGAAGGUGGCAGUCUGGAGGUUACCUGUGUGGUGCAAGAAGGCAAACCUCCACCAACUGUUACCUGGCUGAUGAAUGGACAAAUACAGAAUAGCGUUGUCGAUUACAGUUACGAUAAUACGAUAAACAGCAAAUUGGUGGUGCGGAAUUUAUCACGAAUCCAUCAGCAUGCCGUCUAUACAUGUCAGGCGAGCAAUUUUCACAAGAAAUAUGUCUCCACCAAUAUCACCAUUGAAUUGUAUUUUGUGCCCACUCUUCAGCUGGAUUUGGGUUCAAAUCUUAAUCCUGAGGACAUCGAGGAAGGCGAUGAUGUCUACUUUGAGUGUAAAGUUCAUGCAAAUCCAGCAGCCUAUAAAGUCAUAUGGAAGCAUAAUAAUCAAAUAAUACAACAUAAUCAACGUGCUGGUGUUAUAGUGAGCAGCGGUGAUUUGGCCCUGCAGGGUGUAACCCGCCACCAGGCGGGCAAUUACACCUGCACAGCAUCUAAUGUGGAAGGUGAUGGCGAUAGUAACGUGGUGGAGCUGAAAGUGAUGUACAAACCAAUUUGCCGUGCAGACCAAAAGAAAAUCUAUGGUGUGGCCCGCAAUGAGGCCGCAGAAAUAUUGUGCGAGGUUGAUGCAUUUCCACCGCCGGAAAAUUUCAAGUGGUCAUUUAAUAACACAGCCGAAACCUUUGACAUGCCACAAAGUGGUUUUCGAGCACACUCAGCCCAAGGAUCCACUUUGACAUAUACCCCGGUAAAGGAAGUGGACUUUGGCACCAUUAUGUGUUGGGCCGAUAACAAUGUGGGCCAACAAAAGGAGCCCUGUGUCUUUCAUUUGAUAGCAGCUGGAAAACCUGAAAUACCCUCCAAUUGUACAGUGGUUAAUCAGACCUCUGACUCUUUGGAGGUCUAUUGCCUGGAAGGUUUUGAUGGUGGCUUACGCCAAUGGUUCCUGCUGGAAAUAUUCGAUCAACAAACUGCCACUCUGCAGGCCAACAUAUCAUCCAAAUAUCCAGUGAUCAGUGUUACUGGCCUAGAUUCGGGGCGUUUUUUCAAAAUCUUUAUGUAUGCCAUCAAUGUAAAGGGACGCAGUGAUCCGGUGCUGCUUGAAGGUUAUACGCUCAAAGCAGCUGAAAAGCAAACAGUGGCUCUGACAUCGUACAAAGGUUCGCAGACAAAUAUUGAGUUGACACCGAUACUCUCGGUUGGCAUAUUUGUGGGCAUAUUGGUUGCCAUAGUUUGCAUUGGCAUUGGUACAAUUGCCGCAUUGAAGAUACGCUCGCACAAACAGCAACAGAAAUAUCAACAUCAGAAUCAGAGAUUCUCACGUCCUGACAAUUUGCAAAUUAAGGAUAAAAGCUCAUUGCCAUUAAGUCAUACCGAAGACUCUAGAUACGAUGAGAAGAAGAACGACGAAAAGAAUCCAGAUGUGGUGCCCUACAAAGAAGGAUGAGGAAUUACACUAUGCCGAAUUAUCUUUACCAGCAGGUGGUGGCUUGGGCGCUGGUGUUGGCAUAUCUGCCACCUCGGCACCCAAAAAAUCCAUAUCCGUCGAUUGUAGCAGCAGCACCAUGCUGUUACAGGGGGCCGGCAUUAAUGCCAAUUUGAGUGGCAUCUCGGGGGGCACACUGCCCCAUGGCAGUAGUGUGCGCAAGCUAUUGCCCACCAUACCAGCAGCGAGUACGCUGCAACGCAACAAGACCAUGGCACCGCCACCCUCAUAUGACUACUUCGAGGAGCCCACGAUAUAUGCCCAAAUUGAUCAUUAUAAGAAUGCCAAUGCUGCUGCUGCUGCUGCUAACAGCAACAGCAAUUCCAGUUCUGUGUCGCCCUUCCCGCCCUGCAUCUCAUCACCCAACUCGCAGGGCACACCUUCCACUGUGUCGCCGGGCACGGUACAAAUGUAUACGCUGCCACCCCAUCCCGGUGGAUAUCACACUCUGCCUCACAAUCACCAUCAACAGAAUGUGCCUCCUCACAGUUCCACCACCACAUCGAUGAUGCAAAUGAUGCAGAAUGCUCAACCUGCGGCCAGUAGUACAGCAACAUCACAGCAAUAUCAUCAUGGCACUCUGCCCAUGCCACCCACAUACCAACAACACCAGCAACAGCAGCAGCAGCAGCAACAACAACAAAUGCAUUUACAACAAGUCUCCACACCACCGCUGGGCCAGGUAUUGGUGUCUAGCAACAGCAGCGGUUUGGCCACCGCUGCUGUUACCUCGCCCAGCAGUUCGAUAUCGGGUCUCUCGGCCGUUGGCAAAUCCUAUUCAAGAGAAAUUGUAACGGUGCGUACACCGUUAAUGUACUCCCAGCAAGAGAGUUGUGUUUAAGUGUAAAAAAGAGAAGAAUAAUCGCAAUUUAGUCAUUAAGGCAGACAGUGUAAGAGAGGGAGACAUAGAGAGAGAGAGAGAGAGUAGAUACGAUUUAAGCAAAUGUGUGGAGGUGGAGAUGGAAGCUUAACAAACCAUCUACGCUCUCACACACCAAAAACCAAAGCAAAUGCAACCUUUAAAUGAAGAGUGAGAGUAGCGAGAGCAGAGUGCCGAAGAAAUUGAUAGAUAUCGAAAUAACUGCAAAGUGUUUUAGUUGUUGUUUGUUUUUUUUGUAUUUUUGUUAAAAGAGAUCGUAAAUUGUAUGAUAGCA